AUGUUGACAACGGCCACUGCCGCUGAAAACAGUUUAAAAAAUCAUCCAAAUUUGGAUUACACGUCGUUUGUGAGAAUUCAAGCGAUUAUGAACAGUGUUGGGGAGGCCUGCACUGACCUGAAGCGGGAGUACGACCAGUGCUUCAAUCGCUGGUUCGCCGAGAAGUUCCUGAAAGGCGACCGGAACGGUGAUCCGUGCAUGGAAACCUUCCGGCUGUACCAGCGGUGCGUGCAGAAGGCCAUCAAGGAGAAGGAGAUCCCAAUCGACGGAGUGGAGUUCAUGGGCCCCAAUAAGGAAAAACCCGAAAGCUGA